AUGGAAAAUACACGCGCAGACAGCUCGGCUGCCACCUAUCUUGAUGCUUGCCCCAGGGCGCAUGCUGCUUCUGUUCGUCAGCCAACAACGCAUGAGACGUCAUCGCCAGCGAAGAGCGGUCCAUCUCAGAAUAAUCCAUCAGCCGCUGCUCCAUCAACUCCCUCUAGCAGCAAGAAGAGGAAAGCACAGCCAGAAUCCCCAAAGUCGGAGAAGCGUCAAAGAAGGUUUCGACCUGAGCCACCCAAGAGUUUCUACACCGUCUAUGAGCGCGCGCUCUCCCAACGAUUCUAUGUGAUCAAGCGUGAACGCGGGGGGACCGCAGAAUGCCCCGAAGAGACAAUCGAGCUGGCUGGGUCGACGGGCAAUGUCUAUAGCAUUCACAUUGGCCAGAAUCCGUCAUGCAACUGCCCCCAUGCACGGAAGGGCAACCAGUGCAAGCACAUUCUUUACGUCAUGGCCCGCGUGCUGCGUGCCAGGUUCCAGCACGUGUACCAGCUUGCCCUCCUGAGCAGCGAGCUCCGCGAGAUCUUCGCCGCCGCGCCUCCCAUCGACAGCAAAGACGCACUCGAUGCCGCCAAGGACCCAAGUGCUUCGGCCGAUGACCGACGGAAGCCGGUCGAGGGCGACUGUCCCAUCUGCUUUGACGGACUGGACGCCUCGAGGAACGAGCAGGUCGUCUGGUGCCGGGCCGCCUGUGGGCAGAACAUUCACCGCGACUGCUUCCAGACCUGGGCCAAGACGAAGCGUCAGUUGGAGGUAACUUGCCCCCUUUGUCGCAGCGUGUGGGAAGGGGACGAAGAGAUGGUCAAGACGAUGAGGGGUGGAAGCCACGUUAACAAUGAGGGCUACGUGAAUGUUGCUGAUCAGCUUGGAAUCAGCGGCGUCCGAGACACAAGCAGUUACUACUCGAGCUACUCGUCAUGGAGACGACCGUGGUACGGGCAGUAUGAUGGCGGACAAGAUGGCUAUGAUGACGAUGAAGACGAGAUAUGUGAUGCAUACGAUGACGACGAGAUAUAUGAUGCAUUCGAUGACGAAGAGGACGAAGAAGACGAGGAGGGCGAGGGCGAGAAAGACGUUUAG